CGCAACUUUGUGCGGGUAGGUAGCUUGGUUACUUUAACUUUUAUAUCGAGUUUCAUUUGAACGAGCUUUAGUCAUUAACCAAAUUUACUGGAGGAAACAUAAUAAAAGACACUAAGCAUUCGCUCAGAUUGCAAGUCAUAUAGAAGGCGUUAACCUAACCUAAGAAAUCAUACAAAUAUUUAAAACUUGGAAUAUUAACAAAUAAAAACACAGACAAAAUGGGAGCUGAUAUUUCAUUACAAAGACCUGGAUGUGUUCUGACACCGAAACACAGAUGGGUUCAUUCAACACCACACGUCCCACUUCCACCAUUCGCCGUUGUCGGUGGACACGAUUGUGAUGGUUCACCAAUCUAUGUUGGUCGUUCUUACCACGAAGGUGACAAUUUGCCAGCAAAAGUUGUUCCUAGCAAACAUACUGCCUACGUGUGCUGGGGUGGUCGCGAGAUCACCAAGAGUCACUUUGAAAUCCUUACUGGCAACCAUUACCGAUGGAUUCCAUGCGCUGCCGGUUCAGUUCCACCAAAUGCUGUUCUAGCCGGAAAUACUUGUACCGGUGAGCCACUUUAUGUUGGCCGUGGUCAUUGGGAAGGAAGUUUGACAGUUGGUAAAAUUCAUCCAUCCCAUCAUUGUUUGUACAUUCCAUUUGGAGGUGAAGAACGUCGUUUGGAUUGUUAUGAAGUUUUAGUUUAUGAGAUGUCACACUCAUGGCAACAUGGUUCAUCCAAUUAUAUGCCACCAGGUGGAGUUGUUGCUGGUCAUGAUACUGAUGGAUCAACGAUUUAUGUGGGUCGAGCUCAUAAUGAUGGACAAAGCUGGGUCUCAACUUCGGCACAUGCACCCAUGCCUCCACUCGCUGUUGUUGGUGGUCAUGAUGUUGAUGGGUCAACCAUUUACGUUGGUCGAACAUUCCAUGAAGGCGAUAUGCUGACUGCCAAAGUAAUACCGUCAAAGAGAACAGCCUACGUCAGUUGGCAAGGUCAGGAAAUUCCCAAGACACAUUUCGAAGUUCUUUGUGGAAGUCAUUAUGUUUGGCGACCAUGUUACGAUCAUAUAAUUCCACUUAAUGCUGUGGAAUGUGGUCGAACACGAUCUGGUCAGAGGGUCAUUGUUGGGCGGGGACAUUUUGAAGGCAGCUUGACAGUGGGCAAGGUGAUGACAGUUCACAGAGCUCUGUUCAUACCGUUUGGAGGUUGUGAACGUCGUUUGGAUAGUUAUGAAAUUUUGGUGAAAGAAACACCAAUUCCUGGCCCAACUUGGGUUUCAUCUACGGGAUGUAAUGUCCCAGCAAAUGCUGUCUAUGCUGGUCAUGAUACUGACAGUGCGACUAUCUACGUCGGACGAGCUUUUCACAAUGGUGACCUUUUACCAGCAAAAGUCAUUCCAAAUAAGUCUUGUGCUUAUAUAUGUCAUGGUGGUUGUGAGAUUGUGAAAGAUCACUUUGAAGUGCUCACUGGCUUUGGUUAUCGAUGGGUUCCUGCUGCAGAUGGUUUUGUUCCACCUGGAGCUGUUGAAGGUGGACGAACGGUUCAAGGUGAACCAUUGUUUAUAGGAAGAGCUAACUAUUGUGGAAGUUUGACGCCGGGAAAAAUACAAAAAUCCCAUGGUUGUUUGUAUAUUCCAUUUGCUGGUCAAGAGAGACGUGUAGUGAGCUAUGAGGUGCUAGUUGGUAAUGAUGCCCCACCAAUGCCAGGUGCUUAUCCUGUUCUUCCACCGCCAUAUACAAAGCACGAUGAUGAUGAACAUCAUCAUCAUCACCACCAUCACCAUCAUCCGUCGCCAUCGCCACCACCACCGUAUAAUCCUGGUUUUGGCUUUAAGAUAAAAUUUUAAAAGUACCUAACUAAUUUGUGAUUGCAAAGAUCAAAGGGAUAAUGGGAAUAAUUUAUUUUUAAUGCUAUAACAAUUUAGAGUAUCGAGUUAAUUUUUUUUUUCACCAAAAGCUUUUUAUAAAAUAAAUUAAAUAUAAAAUUAAA